ACUCGUGGUGUUGAAUAUACAGGAACGUCUAUGCACUCGCGCAUCCUCGUCUUAGUCUGUUUUAGGUGUUUUUUUUUUAAUAUAUUUAUAUUUAGAUCAUUUUGUUAGGUAUUAUUUUAACGCAAAACCAUGAAAGAGAGAAGAAACGCACAGCCGUUGGUGGUCAGAUGUAAGCUGGUGCUGGUUGGGGAUGUUCAAUGCGGGAAAACUGCGAUGUUACAGGUUUUGGCUAAGGAUUGUUAUCCAGAGACGUACGUGCCCACAGUAUUCGAGAACUACACAGCCUGUCUGGAGCUCGAUGACCAGCGCGUUGAACUCAGUUUAUGGGACACAUCAGGAUCUCCAUACUAUGAUAACGUGAGACCCCUCUGCUACAGUGACUCUGAUGCAGUGCUCCUUUGUUUUGACAUCAGUCGUCCAGAUAUCUUUGACAGUGGACUUAAGAAGUGGAGGGCUGAGAUCAUCGACUUUUGCCCCAGUACUCGUAUUCUCCUUGUUGGUUGCAAGACCGACCUUCGGACGGACGUAUGCACGCUGAUGGAGCUGUCCAAUCAGAAACAAACACCCAUCACUCAUGAGCAGGGCUCUGCCAUGGCUAAACAGUUGGGUGCUGAGGCUUAUCUGGAGUGUUCGGCCUUCACCUCUGAGAAGAGCAUCCACAGCGUGUUCCGCACAGCUGCGCUAGCUUGCAUCAACAAGCUACAGCCGCUCCCCAAACCCAGCCCAACCCGCCGGCUGUCCAAACGCCUGCUCCAUCUGCCCAGCAAGUCCGAGCUACUCUCCUCCACCUUCAAGAAGGAGAAGGCCAAGAGUUGCUCUGUAAUGUGAGUGGAGAACUUCACCCCCCAUAACAAAAGCUACACCAUUCCCUGCGCUUUGGUCUGGGGAAGGGGGGGUGGGUUCCGAUUGCCUCAUCAAUGACGUGUGGAAUCCUUCCUCACCCCCCAAAGAAACACCUUUCAGAACAAGUGGACACCUCGCUGUCCUCCUUGUCCUGAGCUCUUCAACAGUGCAUAUGUAUUUUCAGUACUGUAUCUUGCUUUUAAACGAGAUUCGAUCAUCAGCCGUCAUGUAUUCACUCCUGUCAUUGUGUCAGUUGAACCUCGGAAUGAUUCAACGAAGUAAAUCGAAACUGAUGUUUCAAAAAGAUUCUCAAGUUCAGUGUAAGCUAUUCGAUCUAUAAAUACAAGAUCUGUGGUGUACGAUUCAAAAGAAAUACCUACAGAAUGCACUAAAAUUGUGAAGCUGUGUACAGAGCAGAAGGCGGCCCAUUUGUCAAACUAGUUGAAUUGGUGGCAGUGUAGGAAGUGAAAUGUGAUUAAGGAAGAGCCGGCCAUAUCUGAACCCUCCGAUGGAGGAAUAGAAGGAAAUGGGCCAAAAAUAUUUGUAUAAAGACAAUAUAUGAUGCUACCAAAGUCAGUUUUCCCUUCUUUCCUCUACUGCAACACCAUCUUAUAUAUACACGCUUCUAUUUUUAGAGGCAAUAGCUAUCUGAGAGAAAUGGGUGUGACUGGGGAACAUAUUACAGUUAUUAUCUGUAUCCUAAUGUCUCCUGCUGCUUUCUAGUGCAGGCAACCAUGAAUUUGCAAAGGGAUCCGUACACUAGAUAUGCGAGUUCUCAAUCGGAUCAAAUUUGGCACGAUGAAUAAGUUUCCAUUCCUGAAAAUGACCUCUGGAGAGGUAUUCUGAAACCAACAGAUUACAAAUGUAUGUAAGAAGGUUUUCA